AUGCGUACCGUGAGUGGCCAUAUUACCCUCACUGACGUUAUAUUGCCAUCUGAUCUCGUACUCUCCGGUGUGACACAAUGUGAAACUGUGGCUCAACUGGAAUCUAAACAUUAUAAUUCGGAAAAUAUAAAUUUCAUAGAUGCACGAACAAUGGAAUGGCUAUUGUUAUCUUCGCCGAUGCCAAUUAUUUUUAUAUUGCUGGCUUAUUUAUACGUCGUCUACUUUAUUGGACCGCAAUUUAUGGAAAACAGAAAACCGUAUUCGUUGAAAAGGUUUAUACAAUGUUACAAUCUUUUUCAAAUUGGUGCAAAUUUUUGGCUAGUGUUUAACGUCAUGACAGAUGGUAGACCGUUCACUGCCGUGUGGAGAUAUUGCGAGUCACUCGAUAAAAUUUGCAGUCGUAACAGUGAAAAGCAACUUGAAAUUAUAUGGUGGACACUGUUGCUUAAAAUAAUUGAUCUCAUUGAAACCAUAAUAUUUGUAUUGAGGAAAAAAGAUCGUCAGGUCUCAUUUUUACACAC